CUCAUGGCAAAGAGCUUGCAGGACUCCUCUUCCAAAAGACACUUCCUCUGGACCAACAAAGUUGGCAAUGAAGAUGAUCAUGAUCAUGAUAACCAUGAAGAUGGAGUAGGAGUAGGAGUAGGUCUUCCAACCUUGAAAUAUUCUCUGUCAAAAGCAGUUUCUGAUGAGGAAGAGAAGAGAAAGGAGGGUCAAGCGACUCAAAAGGUUCAGCUACAGAGAAGGAAGCUCCAGGCAGCAGCAAUUUCGAGGCUCCGGUCGGUGCUGACCGCGUUUGGGAAGAACAGGUCAGGGCUCCCACUGGGUCUGGGGCCGAGAGUUAUAGGGACCCUUUUUGGGUCUAAGAAAGGGCAUGUGCAUUUUGCUCUCCAGAGAGACCCAAAUUCACACCCGGCUUUCCUGAUUGAGCUUGCUACUCCAAUUAGUGGGCUUGUGAAGGAAAUGGCUUCUGGGCUUGUGAGGAUUGCUUUGGAGUGUGACAAGGAGGAGAAGAAAACAGAGGAUUCGAAAUCGAAGUCGAAAAGUUCAGCUGUGAGGUUGCUGGAGGAGCCUGUGUGGAGGACUUACUGCAAUGGCAAGAAGUCUGGGUUUGCUAGCAGGAGGGAAUGUGGGCCCAAAGAGUGGAAGGUGUUGAAGGCUGUUGAGCCCAUUUCAAUGGGUGCCGGGGUCUUGCCUCCUGGGAAUGAAGGUGAAGCUGGGUGUGAUGGUGAGCUCAUGUAUAUGAGGGCCAAGUUUGAGAGGGUUGUUGGGUCCAGAGACUCUGAGGCUUUCUACAUGAUGAACCCAGAUAGCAAUGGAGCUCCUGAACUCAGUAUCUACUUGCUUCGAGUUUAACUGAGCUCGGAUUAGCCACUCUGUGCUUCAAGUUCUUGAAGAGUAAGCUCUUGUUGGAAGCUUAGUUCUCUCCUAGUAUUUUUGUUUCCUUUUUUUCUUUUUCUUUUUUCCUUAGGUUGGAAUAUUUGGGGAAAAUGGUUAGUGGGAUUAUGUCUUUCAUAUUUUGUUAGUGUAGGUGGGGGGCAAUACAUUAGAACAUGAUGGUAGGUGGUGGGGGCAUGAAGGUGUACAUGUAUAGCUUUUUCCAAUCCUUAAUGAAGUGAUGAUGAGACCUAAUGUUAAUG